AUGGCAAACGCAUCUGAUCCUAUACUUGUCCAAUGGAUUCUAGACACUCGUGACUUGUGGCCUGGAGCCACGAAGACGGCACAGCUCGAGACACUGGCCUCUCGAGCUCUGUCUCUACUCACUCGUGAGGAGAAAACAAAUGUGUUGAAAUACUAUCAUGUCCGGGAUGCAAAGAUGGCCCUGGGCUCUGCUCUACUCAAGCACUUUGUCAUCAGCAAAUACUGCAACGUCGCAUGGUGGGACACCAAGAUGACCCGCGAUGAAAAGACAAAGCCCAUAUACCGGGAUCCGGAUACGGGGACAUGCCCCAUAUCGUUCAACGUGAGCCACCAGGCCGGCCUCGUAGCGUUGAUUGCCGCCCAUGGUUACGAUGGUCCGGUAGACGUCGGGGUGGAUGUCGUCUGUGUGAGUGAGCGGCGAGACCGUGACCACAAGAUGAUCAAGGAUGAGGGCUGGCCAAGCUUCGUCGACAUGCAUGCCGAUGUCUUUGCGCCCUCCGAAGCCAAGUAUCUCAAAUACCAGAUACUGAGUGCCGUGCCCGGCUUACCGCGGGGAGCAUCGCCUGAAGACAUUGUUGACUUCAAGCUGCGAUGCUUCUAUGCACUUUGGUGCUUGCGAGAGGCAUAUGUGAAGAUGACCGGAGAGGCGCUGCUCGCCGAAUGGCUUGGCGUUCUGGAAUUUAGGAAUUUCGUUCCUCCUAUUGCAGCAGCAUCCUUCGCUGGCACAGAUGAAGUUGCCGAGCAAGUUGUCACGGAUCAUCAAAUAUGGUUUAGAGGGCAGAAAGUGGAAGACGCAAAGGUCUGUCUUCGUGCGCUAGGUCCUGACUAUAUGACCUGCACUGCGGUCCGAGCCCAAGGGAACGCGGCGAACGAGCUUGGCUCUGCUUCUGGACCAUUCACAAUGAUCGAUAUCAAUCAGAUACUCGAAUAUGCAGAGAAGCAGUGA